AUGAUAGAACAACAGCGUGUAGAUCUAACCCUGGCCAAUGGCAGCGCUGUAGAUCUAACCCUGGCCAAUAGCAGCGCUGUAGAUCUAACCCUGGCCAAUAGCAGCGCUGUAGAUCUAACCCUGGCCAAUGGCAGCGUUGUAGAUCUAACCCUGGCCAAUGGCAGCGUUGUAGAUCUAACCCUGGCCAAUAGCAGCGCUGUAGAUCUAACCCUGGCCAAUAGCAGCGCUCAGCGUUGUAGAUCUAACCUGGCCAAUGGCAGCGCUGUAGAUCUAACCCUGGCCAAUGGCAGCGCUGUAGAUCUAACCCUGGCCAAUGGCAGCGCUGUAGAUCUAACCCUGGCCAAUGGCAGCGCUGUAGAUCUAACCCUGGCCAAUAGCAGCGCUGUAGAUCUAACCCUGGCCAAUGGCAGCGCUGUAGAUCUAACCCUGGCCAAUGGCAGCGCUGUAGAGCUAACCCUGGCCAAUGGCAGCGCUGUAGAGCUAACCCUGGCCAAUGGCAGCGCUGUAGAUCUAACCCUGGCCAAUAGCAGCGUUGUAGAUCUAACCCUGGCCAAUGGUAGCGUUGUAGAUCUAACCCUGGCCAAUGGUAGCGUUGUAGAUCUAACCCUGGCCAAUAGCAGCGCUGUAGAUCUAACCCUGGCCAAUGGCAGCGCUGUAGAUCUAACCCUGGCCAAUGGCAGCGCUGUAGAUCUAACCCUGGCCAAUGGCAGCGCUGUAGAUCUAACCCUGGCCAAUGGCAGCGCUGUAGAUCUAACCCUGGCCAAUGGCUGCACUGUAGAUAUCUCUGGCCAAUGGCAGCGCUGUAGAUCUAACCCUGGCCAAUGGCAGCGCUGUAGAUCUAACCCUGGCCAAUGGCAGCGCUGUAGAUCUAACCCUGGCCAAUGGCAGCGCUGUAGAUCUAACCCUGGCCAAUGGCAGCGCUGUAGCAGAGCUGGUCUAGUUAUUAUAUCUCUAUGCUCACCUUCCGUGGUGGUCGACACGCUGGUGGAAGACGAGUUGCUACCGGACACGGUCAUGCCCCCGCCCGACGACAUCAUCAUAGAACCUCCCCCGGACAGAGUGCCACCUCCUGAUGACACCAUAGCUGUACCUCCCUCCAUGGCUGUUCCCCCGCCGGACACCAUCGCAGCACCUCCUGAUGACACAGUGGCUGGUCCCCCGCCGGGAAGUAUCGCGACGCCUCCUGAUGACAUCAUGGCUGUUCCCCCACCAGACACCAUCGCGGCACCUCCUGAUGACACCAUGGCUGCUCCCCCACCGGACACUAUCACGCCUCCUCCUGAUGGCGCCGUGCUGCCUGCUGAUGGUGUCGUGCCACCUGCUGAUGACAUCAGAGCUGGUCCCCCGCCGGACACUAACGCGACGCUUCCUGAUGACAUCAGAGCUGGUCCCCCUCCAGACACCAUUGCGGCGCCUCCUCCUGAUGGCGCCGUGCCGCCUGCUGAUGGCACCGUGCCGCCUCCUGAUGGCGCCAUGCCAGCUGCUAAUGGCACUGUGCCGCCUGCUGAUGGCACUGUGCCGCCUGCUGAUGGCGCCGUGCCGCCUCCUGAUGGCGCCAUGCCAGCUGCUGAUGGCACUGUGCCGCCUGCUGAUGGCACUGUGCCGCCUGCUGAUGGCACUGUGCCGCCUGCUGAUGGCGCCGUGACGCCUGCUGAUGGCGCCGUGCCGCCAGCUGAUGGCGCCGUGCCGCCAGCUGAUGGCGCCGUGACGCCUGCUGAUGGCGCCGUGACGCCUCCUGAUGGCGCCGUGACGCCUGUUGAUGGCGCCGUGACGCCUGUUGAUGGCGCCGUGACGCCUCCUGAUGGCGCUGUGACGCCUGUUGAUGGCGCUGUGACGCCUGUUGAUGGCGCCGUGACGCCUGCUGAUGGCGCCGUGACGCCUGCUGAUGGCGCCGUGACGCCUCCUGAUGGCGCCGUGCCUCCUGCUGAUGGCGCCGUGCCUCCUCCUGAUGGCGCCGUGACGCCUGUUGAUGGCGCCGUGACGCCUGCUGAUGGCGCCGUGACGCCUGCUGAUGGCGCCGUGACGCCUGCUGAUGGCGCCGUGACGCCUGUUGAUGGCGCCGUGACGCCUCCUGAUGGCGCCGUGACGCCUGCUGAUGGCGCCGUGCCGGCAGCUGAUGGCGCCGUGCCUCCUGCUGAUGGCGCCGUGCCUCCUGCUGAUGGAGCCGUGCCUCCUGCUGAUGGCGCAGUGCCUCCUGCUGAUGGCGCCGUGCCUCCUGCUGAUGGCGCCGUGCCUCCUGCUGAUGGCGCCGUGCCUCCUGCUGAUGGCGCCGUGACGCCUGUUGAUGGCGCCGUGACGCCUCCUGAUGGCGCCGUGCCUCCUGCUGAUGGCGCCGUGCCUCCUGCUGAUGGCGCCGUGCCUCCUGCUGAUGGCGCCGUGCCUCCUGCUGAUGGCGCCGUGCCUCCUGCUGAUGGCGCCGUGACGCCUGCUGACGGCGCCGUGACGCCUGCUGACGGCGCCGUGACGCCUGCUGACGGCGCCGUGACGCCUGCUGACGGCGCCGUGACGCCUGCUGACGGCGCCGUGCCUCCUCCUGACGGCGCCGUGCCUCCUCCUGACGGCGCCGUGCCUCCUCCUGACGGCGCCGUGCCUCCUCCUGACGGCGCCGUGCCUCCUCCGGAUUUUGCCGUGCCGCCCCCUGAUGGCGCUGUGGCUGAUCCGCCGCCGGACACCAUUGCGGGGCUUCCUGAUGACAUCAUGGCUGGUCCCCCGCCGGACACCAUCCCGGCGCCUCCUGAUGACAUCAUGGCUGCCCCGCCCCCAGAACUGCUGGAGGUAGAGCUAGUGGAAUGCAUCAACAUGGAACUUCCUCCCGUCCCCACUCCUCCUGCCGAGGAUUUCACCUCCAACACAGUGGUCCUGCCUACACCAGACACAGACCAGGUUAUCAACACGUCACGCCAGUGUAAGCCUACACCAGACACAGACCAGGUUAUCAACACGUCACGCCAGUGUAAGCCUACACCAGACACAGACCAGGUUAUCAACACGUCACGCCAGUGUAAGCCUACACCAGACACAGACCAGGGUAUCAGCACGUCACGCCAGUGUAAGCCCACACCAGACACAGACCAGGUUAACACGUCACGCCAGUGUAAGCCUACACCAGACACAGACCAGGUUAUCAACACGUCACGCCAGUGUAAGCCUACACCAGACACAGACCAGGGUAUCAACACGUCACGCCAGUGUAAGCCUACACCAGACACAGACCAGGGUAUCAACACGUCACGCCAGUGUAAGCCCACACCAGACACAGACCAGGUUAACACGUCACGCCAGUGUAAGCCUACACCAGACACAGACCUUGAAUAA